AUGUCAUUUACAAUAAUACAGAGCGCAAACUCGGCAAAGGGGAAGCUAAUCAAAGUUCUUAAAGAAGUGAAAGAAUUGGAUCUGAGACCAUUCGACAAACAGUUACUUCACGAAGAGUUAUGCGAACAUUAUGAAGCACGAAAAGGAACUAUCAAAGAAAUGAUAGAAUUGAAGCACAUAUAG